CCUGCCUUCCGUAGUUAAAAGAAAAAAAAAGAAAGAGAUAAAAUAAAUAAGGAGCAUAAUAUGGACCAUACCUUUUCUUCUUCACUUCCUUCUGGUUCGUCACUAGUACCAGAACUAAUGUAUAUGCAGAAACCUGACGAACAACCUCUACAAAGCGUUUGCACAACGAAUACAACGACGCCUCACCUUUAUAGUGCAUCCUGCGGAUACUGUCACUACGCAUAUCCCUUCGAUGACGAUCUAAUUCGUCCAACGAUCGCUAAUGACAACGAUGACACUCCAUUUCAGUACAACUACUUGCUCAGUCUCUUCACUGCACCGGACAUGGCCAAGCAUCUUGCCCAAACAAAUGUGAGCGAAGACGUCUAUGCAUUACCUAUCCACCUGCAACGACUUAUCAGCGAAGCAAAAGAGGAAGUCGUGCUGGAACGUAUCAAGGCAACGCAAAAUGAGAAGCAGAAUGACAACCCACAGCAACCGUUGGCACUAACACGAUUAGAACGGGUUCGCAACUAUGUGUGGAUGCAGUCGGGUGGCGAUGUUGCUAAUCUCAUGAUGACUCUUACAGAACUUAUGAGCGACGAAGACGAACUGGAGAACGUUUUGGGUAUUUGAAAAUACCCUCCAUUAUUCGACGCCUUCUUAUCAUCAUUUCUUUAUCAAUUUUUUUACCCUUCCUUACCCCUUUGCUUUCCAUUUCCCCCGAUCUCUUCUUUUCCAUAAAGAAGAAGAAGAACAACAACCACAUCCAUACUUUGAAUCUUACAUACCAAAACUUGCAAAAACACAGACAACUCAUCCCAUUUUCUUUAGCAUCCACAAACUCUCACACCCACUCACGCUCACAGCACACAAUUCCAACGUUAACUUUUCUCUCGCAUUUAUUGUAUAUCUUUUGAAUUUGCUUUCGUGUACACAAGACACCCAAGUCAUUUUUAAUAUCCCCCCCUUCAAUGAAACAUUUAUCAAUGAUAAUAAACAAUCAG